AUGGUAACACUUCGUAGUCCGUCCAAGGACCACGUUCAAACUGACGCUGAACGCGAGAAAGUAGCCUUGCUUCACCAACAAGGCUCUCAACAAUCAGAGUUGUUGAGAGAACAGGUUUCUCAACAGUUUGAACUGUUGAGACAGCAGCAGGCUGCUGCUGGUGGGUCGAUGCACUCGCGUCGACCCGAGACUUUGAAGAUUGACAUCUCUAAGUAUAAGGGAGUCGAAGAGGACUCCCUCUUGAGAUGUUUUGUCGAAUUAGACGACGCCAUAAGGGCGCGUCGCAUCGACGACGGGGAUAUGCAAGCUGCAUUUGCCCAGUCAAAUCUGGCAGGACGUGCCAAGACUUGGGCACUGGGGCUCAAGUUGCACGACCCAUAUGCGUUUGGGUCGUUGGAAGUCUUCAAGUCGCGGCUCAGAAAAACGUUUGAACCGCCUAGAGCUGAGUUCAGAGCUCGAACCGAACUCUUGAAGCUCAAACAGGGUAAGCGUGAUGUGCACGCUUUCGCACAACAUAUACGACAUCUCAGGAGUUGUAUAAUUUCCAAUCCGGUUGAUGAACACACGUUGGUUUCGGUGUUCAUGCAGGGUCUUGCGGAUGGUACCGUCAAGACUCACCUGUUUCUACUUGAACUAGAUUCACUAGAACAAGCCAUUUCCAUUGCGGAACAGGAAGACUUCAUUCUGAGACAGGCUCGCGCCAGCUCGACAUCAUAUCGUCAACCGAGACGAUAUGACAGCGGAGGUCCAGAGCCGAUGGAAAUCUGUAAUGUAGAGAGCGAGAAGGCUCGCUCUACAGGAUACAAGAAGUUGCAGAGAUGCAACAGAUGUCAAAAGACAGGACACUACGCUUACGAGUGUAGUGCCCCUCGUCCAGUGUCUCGCAACACUGGGUGUAAUGACCGUCCACCCAUGAGAAAGGGGCAGGGACGAGGGUCCGCAGUUGGUGCAAAGACGCAACAACGGGAUGGACCGUCAAAAAACGGACAGGAUCAGUAG